AUGGAGAACGUGGACGAUGGCGACCGGAGCUUUUGUGUCCGAUGCCUUGUUUGGCGGCCGAAGCGGCAAGUUCCCAUGCUGUCUUCGCGAGUGGCCUCCCUUCCCAGACCACUGCAGAUUUUCUUCCGCCAACUGCCAGGCUGUAAGGAGGGCAGCUGUCAUCACUGCAGGACCUGCAACCGCUGCGUCCGCUACUUCGACCACCACUGUGGGGUCUUCGGCCGCUGCAUUGCAGGGACGUGCUGCAGCGGCAACAUGCCCUUCUUUCUGCUCAUCAUCUUCAUGUCCUUUGUGGGCACUGGCACCACGCUCGCCUGCCUGGCUACCUCACUGUCCAACCGCAUCGCCAGCCUGCGUGCGACCACAACAGCAGUUCCAGGCGGAUAG